CAUGAAUACUGUAUUCUCAACGCAAGCGCAGUUCGGUUUGUAUGUGGAGCAUGCGCAGUUUAAUGUUGAUGGGGGCCUGUGAAAGACACAGCCGUUUUCACCGAUGGCUGCGAUCGGCGGCAAAGGGAGUGGAGCCGUUAUGUGAGAGCGUGGCUGGGACAAAGGAACAGCGAUAUCUCGUUAACGCCUUGUGUCGGUUGCAAGGCCCGAAUAAGACUCUCCGGGCCCCGCGUUAGGAGAUCCGGUCUUUGUCCAAGGCAGGGGCCCAGGGUAGGCGAAAUAGAGGCUUUGAAGUCAGGAUACUGAAACCAAACAUCACACUGAUCUGAUGGAGUCACCCAAUCUAUCAUAACUAGACUAUCAACAGAUUUUAAACAUGGAAGGAGAAAGCAUUGCUCACAGUGAGGAGAACAGUUACACAUGUUCAGGAUGCAGAAAAGGUUUCAGCCAAUCAACUAGUCUCAAGAAACACAAAUGCAGUCACGCUGGGGAGAAACCAUGGAAGUGUGGUUACUGUGAGAAAGGGUUCAGUCACUGCUCUGCACUCGAAAUUCACCAACGUGUUCACACUGGAGAGAGGCCAUUCAUUUGCUCCCUUUGUGGGAGGCGAUUUACUCAGUUAUCCACCCUGUUGAAACACCAGAGAGUUCACAGUGAGGAGAGACCUUUUAAAUGUCCAGACUGUGAGAAGUACUUUAAAAGUUCCAGUGAUCUGAUGUCCCAUCGGCGUGUUCACACUGAGGAGAGACCUUUUAAAUGUCUAGACUGUGGGAAGUGCUAUAAAAGUUCCAGUGAGCUGAUGUCCCAUCGGCGUGUCCACACUGAGGAGAGACGGUUUAGGUGCUCUGACUGUGGGGCUGGUUUCAAGUGGUCAUCUCAGCUUACUGUUCACCAGCGCAUUCACACAGGGGAGAGGCCAUUCACCUGCUCCGAAUGUGGAAUUGGAUUCACUCAAUCAUCCCAUCUCAAGUCACAUCAGCAGGUUCACACUGAGGAGAGACCUUUUAAAUGUACAGACUGUGGGAAGUGCUUUAAAAGUUCCCAUUAUUUGCAGUCCCAUAAACGUGUUCACACUGAUGAGAGACCUUUUAAAUGCUCAGAGUGUGGGAAGUGCUUUAAAGGUUCCAGGGAGUUGAUUGUCCAUCACCGUGUUCACACUGAUGAGAGACCAUUCAGGUGCUCUCACUGUGGGAAUGGAUUCAAGAGAUCAUCUCAACUCACUCUACACCAGCGUCUUCACACUGGGGAGAGAUCAUUCAUCUGCUCUGAGUGUGGGCAGGUAUUCUAUCGGUUCUCCACCCUGUUGAAGCAUCAGCGAGUUCAUUCUGGGGAGAAGCCAUUCACUUGUACUGAGUGUGGGAAGGGAUUUUGUGAGGCUUGCCAUCUCAAGGCACACCAGCGAAUUCACACUGAGGAGAGACCCUUCAAAUGUCCAGAUUGUACGAGGAGUUAUAAAAGCUCCAGGGAGCUGAAGUUACACCAACGUGUUCACACUGAUGACAGACCAUUCAGGUGCUCUCAGUGUGGGACUGGCUUCAAGUGGUCAUCUCGUCUCACUGUACAUCAGCGCACUCAUACCGGAGAGAGACCGUUCACCUGCUCCGACUGUGGGAAGGGAUUCACUCAGAAAAUUCACCUGAUGACACACCAGCGAGUUCACACUGGAGAAAGACCUUUUAAAUGCACACACUGUGGGAAGUGCUAUGUAAGAUCCUGGGAUCUGAUACGCCAUCAACAUGUUCAUUCCAAUGAGAUGCCUGUUAAAUGUCCAGAAUGACACAAGUGUUUUAAAAGUUCUGGGGCAUUGAUGCUACAGUGCAACGAGAGACUGCUCAGUGCCCUUACUAUGGGACUGGGUUGUGAUGAUCAUCCCAACUCACUGUUCACCAGCACAUUCACACCGGAGAAAGGCCAUUCAUCUGCAUUGAAUGUGGGAAAGGAUUCCCUCAGAAAUCCCACCUCACUGGCACACUGCUGAGAUAGUAGCAAGUUUACGAGUGAUUUCAGGAUAUUUUUCUGUUAAUUACAUUCAGGAUAAAGCAUGUUAAAACAUCCAGCUCAGCUUUAUGUGAGAAUACUAGGGGUAAAGAGAAAUAUUUGGAUGUUACAUUGAACUCAUGUCUGCUGAAGCUGUUUAAUGUCCCCGAAAAUUCCUUUGAAUAAAGAUCAGAAACUUUAUCUUCUGAUCCAUGUAAAUGGGCUAUAAGUUAAAAAUAGAUGACUUCAUUUUCCAUACUGUCUGGGAGAUGCUACUCAGCACGAAUGCUGUGGAGGAUGAAUUUCUGCAGUUUGUACUGAAGCAUUUCUGAAGUAGAACAUUGAAGGAUCAAAAAGGAAACAGAUUGUUUUAGAUUUAGUAUUCUGUAAAGUGAAACUGUAAUUGAUAACUUUACUGUUGAGGGGCCUUUGUUGAAUAGAGACCAUGAUGUGGAUUUUUUAAUCAAGUUUGAAAAUGAUAUAGUUCAUUCUGGAAUUGAGAUCUCCAACCUGAAUAAUGUAAACUAUGAAGAUUGGAAUGGCAAGUUGGCUGUGAUGGAUUGGAAAAACACACAAAAUGGUUUGAAAUUACACAGUAAUGAGGAUUUGAAGAUGUAUUGCAUGGUUUACAACAAUUAAGCAUUUCCUGAAGACAGUAGGAAAAAUAAAUCAGCUAUGGCUGACAAAAGAACUGUAAGAUUAUAUUAGAUAAAAGGUAGUAGUUUUGAAGGUCGCACGAAAAAAUGAUGAACCAGGGGAUUGGGUGUAAUUUUUAAUCUAACAAUGGAUUACCAAGAAGGUAAUGAAAGGGGAAAGAGAAGAUAUAUGGAAGCACAGAAGGAGCAUAAAGGUGGACUCUAAAAGUUGCUUAGUUACAUGAAUGCAAAAAAUGCCAAAGCCUCCCAAUUGGCUCCCCAAUAGUUGCAGAAGUGUGCAGCAUCUACAAUGUACAAUGCAGUAACUCACCAAGGCUCCUCCAACAGAACUUUCUCACUGUCUCUCACCCAGAAAGCCUAAACAAUCAAUAGAUGGGAAUACCACUUAUUGCAACUUUGCUCUCAACCCAUACUCCAUCAUAACUUGGGCCAAAUUAUCUUCCUUUCAUCAUCACUGGGUCAAGAGUAUGGACCUAACACUACUGUCAAUGACCCGAUACCGCAAGGACUGCAAACAUUCAAGAAGUCAGUUAUCAUCAUCUUUUUGUGGGCAAUUAGGGUUGGGCAAUAAAUGUUGGCAGUGCCAGCAACAUCACAUCCUGAGAAUGAAUCAAAAAAUGAUAGGUGUGAUACUUCACUGAGCAUUUGUAAAGGAUGUUGCAGGGGAAAUGGAUUAAACUGCUGUUUAUGUUAAGGUCUUUCAAAGUAGUUAUACAUACAGAAACUUCUACUCUUUUGUGCAAUAAACAUGUGUUGUUUAUUGAAAGAAAAUUGGUAGCAUCGUGUGAAUAUGUUCAGUAAUUAACCGCCAUCCUCUCCAAAUUUCAAACUUAAAGCUUAUGAUCUACCAAGCCAAGUUUCACUCGGAAAUCCAACCUAUUACCAUCUAGUGGGGUAAUAACAUUUGGAGAAUAAAGGCAAUUUCAUUGAAACUUACAAGAUCCUUACAGCAUGGAUGUUGAUAGGAUUUCUUCCCUAGCAGUUGAAUCUAUAAUCAGGUGACAUUUUCUCAGAAAUAAGGUAUACGUUAGGGUGAGGCAAAUCUUUUCACUCAAAGGGUGGUGAACCUUUGGAAUUUUCUACCUAGGGGUUCAUGGAAUCUCAACCAUUGAGGAUAAAUCAACAGUUUUCUGGAGGUGAAUGACAAUAGGAAUACUGCAGGAAAGAAAGACCAGCCAUGAGGUAAUUGGUGGAGCAGGCUAAGAGACUGAAUGGUCCAUUCCUGUUCCACAUUGAAGGCUUUCACUAUUUCUUCCAUCUUCAAGUCUAAUGACAAUUGAGGAACUGUUAACUUUGUGACUCAAUGAGACCAUCUGAUCAGUUCCCUCCAAUGCUCAUCUUGUCCAUUUGACCAACCUGAUACCCUGGGUGUCCUCCAAGGAUCUGUGGUAGGCCCUUCAAAUUUCUCAUCCAUUCAAAAACAGUGUUAGUUUAAACACAUACCCCAGGGGGGCAGUACGGUGGCUCAGUGAUUAGCACUGCUGCCUCACAGCUCCAGGGUCCCAGGUUUGAUUCCAGCCUCG